UAAUUUACUCUCCCGAUCAGAUACGGCUUGUGGAGAUCUAUAUGGGCAAGGUCCCACGAACUAGACUCGUUACUAUCGGGCCGAGUUGCUGGUAGAUGGCUCAGUUUGAGAACUAGGCGUUGCAGGGUUGAAUCUGGACUGGACUAUUCUAAGCCCAGUACGACAGAAUAAAUUAGGGGGAAAAAAAGAUGGAUCUGAAAAGAGAAAUCCGAUCCGCAAAUUUUAGAAAUUAGAAAAAGAGAAGAAAUUUCGAAACGUUUUUUUUGUUAAAAAAAAAAAGAAGAAAGAAAAAGGUACGAAAGUAGGAACUCGAAAGGAUUUGGAUUGUCAAUCUGUCGUUGAAUGUUGACAUUGGGUGCUAAUAGUAAUACUAAUAGGCAUUAGCAAAGCCAGGUUUGGUUAGUCGAGUUCAAUGAGGUUGAGAUCAAAUUUGGGGUUUGCUUCCAGAAGCACUUGCAGUUGCAGGCCUUCGUCUCUUGCUCCUAUUAUCAUUUAGGUUUCUUAGUUCUGUUGAGAUGGUCUGUAGUAAUUAUAGUUCUGUCAAUGAAUCUCAUUGUUUAAUCCUUAUUAUACAUUUCCCGAAAUGCAAUUAGCGUCAAAUGGUGACAAGGAAGAGUGUUCAGAAUCCGAACCCAUCUUGAAUCAGCAUCUAAAUUUGCAAGAAUAUGGAGGAGGAGGAGGAGAGUCUUCAUUUUCCUGUGAAAUCAUUGCUGCUGCUAACGAUGAUUCACACCCUGUUCCUCUUGAUGAGAGCUGUCAUCUGGUAAAUGCGGAUCAGCCACAGUGCCGGAUAUGCCUUGAUAUAGGAGGAGAAGAUUUGAUCGCUCCUUGCCAUUGCAAAGGCACCCAAAAGUAUGUCCACAGAUCAUGUCUAGAUAAUUGGCGGUCUACAAAGGAGGGCUUUGCUUUUUCUCACUGUACAGAAUGUAGAGCUGUCUUCAUAUUACGUGCAAACGUCCCCCCAGAUCGGUGGUGGUUGAGAUUAAAAUUUCAGUUUCUUGUUGCCAGAGAUCAUGCAUUCAUUUUCAUAAUUGUUCAACUGGUUGUUGCUUUCUUGGGGGUGCUUGUGUAUAAAUUUUAUGGAGAUGAACUAAGGGAAAUGUUUGGUUAUGAAGAACAUCCAUAUGGAUUUUAUACAAUGGCUGUUCUAGCCAUUGUUUUGGUGGGAUUGCUCUAUGGAUUCUUCAUAGCCAUAAUAUGCGGCCAAAGAAUCAAUGAACGCCACUACCAUGUUCUUGCAAAACAAGAAUUGACAAAGGAAUAUGUGGUAGAAGAUCGAGAACAUGUGAAGAAUGUGCCUGAACUUGAUCCCAGCCAUGUGACAGAGCUAAGGAUGUUGGGCCUUUACUAAUUGUGGUAAAUGCACGUGCAAUUCUUUCUCACUGCAGCUUCUGCUCUUCUUUCUCUAUAUUUAGUUUGAGACUAGCUGAAAUUCCUUCAUACUGUAUGUCUGUAUUAUUAGUAUAUUAAACCAAUAUGGAGUACGUUUGUGUUUGUUAUUCUGUAUCUAAUUUCAUCAUAAAAAAGAUGCUAAAGUCUAUUGUCGAAAUCAUCAUCUGCAAUGAGUACCUGUCAAAUUGUUUACACCUUGGCUGAAUUUUUCGACAUCAUCCAAGAGUAUAAGCUAUGAAUUUAUAUGAUUUGCAUUCCGAUGCUUUUUGACUCUUCA